ACCAUCCUCCUGCCCAGCUUCGUCCAAACUGUUACUGAAAAAGGAGAAGGGAAUUAUGUUAAUUAAUUAAUUAGUACCAUAUCAUAUAUCCAAAAUUAAGUAUUAACCUUAAUGAUGCACGUAAUCAGAAUCCAACGCUAGGCCAGCCAAUCUCCCUCGUAAUUCCACGUUCCCUCCCCGUACACCUUGUCGGCUACCCAAUUUCCUUGUACCCUUCCCGAAGCCGCCCCCAAUAAUUCGCCGCCACCUGUCCUCCUCCCGUCAACUCCUUCCCAUAAUUCCACGAACCGGCCUUUAUCCCAGGUAACACCAUUCCGCGCUCCUUCCUAACUCACCACCACAGUCGAAUCAUACGCCACCACGUGUCCACCCCAAGCCUUCACCUUCUUCCCCCCACUAUAUAUUGAACGCUCACUUACCCUUCACUCCAUCCACACAAACCAACAAAAUCUAAAUCCAUUCCCCUCACAGAAAAAAGCCUUUCUCCCAUAUCCUUUAUUUUUUUUUUUUUGUCUUCAUCUUCAUGAUCCAAAACUCCAACGCCUCCUCCCGCCGGAUUCUCACCUUCCCGGCGGUUCACCCAUGCCAAAGCAUCGCUCCGACAACUCUCCUCGCCUCUCUAAUCGCGCUCUGCCGCUCCGCCUGCGACUACAAAUCCAAGUCGUUCGGCAGCAAUGUGAGGAAUGCACGCGAAACCAUUCGCCAGGUCGGCAACCUCCUCCUCCUCCUCCACGAAAUUCGGCUCUCGUUCUCCCCGAUCCCCGACUCGCUCCUCCUCGGCCUCUCGGAGCUUCACCUGACUGUCCAGAAGGUGAUCUACCUCCUCGACGAUUGCUCCCGCGGCGACGGCGCCCGGAUGUGGAUGCUGAUGGAGUCGGAUCGGGUCGCGAAUCAUUUCCGGGUUCUGGUUCGUGAGAUGGCUACGGCUCUGGAGGUCCUGCCGUUGGAGGUUCUCGAUCUGCCGUGCGAUGCGGUGGAGGUGGCCGAGCUCGCGAUGAGGCAAGCGAGGCAGACGAAAUUCCAAGUCGCAUCGGGUGACCAAGCAGCCAUGGCGGAGGUUUUGACCAUCUUGCGCAGGUUCGAGGGCGGCGAUGAUGUCCCCGAUCGCGGAGAGAUCAAGCGGGUACUGGAUUACAUCGGGGUGAAGAAAUGGAGCGACUGUUACAGGGAGGUAAAAUUCUUGGACUCUGAGAUUGAGUUUCAUUAUUCCAACAAGGAAAUGAAAAGAGAAUUGGAUGCGUUGAGUAGCUUGCUAGGUUUGAUGAACUACGCUAGGUGCGUGCUGUUCGAUUUCGUAGACGGCAAAUCGGAUCCGCCCGUUCACUGCGAGGGUGAAAGCCGCAACGACGAGUUGCUGGGUUCCCUCGACGGUGACAGUUUCCGCUGCCCGAUUUCUCUUGAAAUUAUGAGGGAUCCUGUCAUAAUCGAGACCGGGCAUACUUAUGAUCGUUGCUCGAUUCUGAAAUGGUUCAGGGCUGGAAAUGCAACCUGUCCCAACACGGGGAAAAAGUUGUCAAGCACAGAGCUUAUACCUAAUGUUGCUCUGAAGCAAUUGAUUCGGCAGUAUUGCCUUGCAAAUGGAAUCCCAAUUGCUGAUUCCAGUCGCAAGACCCGGGAUAUAACGAGGACGGCGGCUGCAGGCAGUUUGGCUGCAGCAAAUGCUAUGAAAGCUGCAGCUAGUUUUCUUGCUGGCAAGCUCCUAGGUGGAGAUUGUAAAGGGAGGAACAAAUCAGCUUAUGAGAUCCGGCUUCUUAGCAAAACAAGCAUUUUUAACAGGUCUUGUUUGGUGGAAGCUGGAGUUAUUCCGUCCCUUAUGGAAUUGUUGUCCUCAGAAGACGACGGUACUUCUCAGGAGAAUGCCAUUGCAGCCCUUCUGAAUCUCUCAAAGCAUUCGAGAAGCAAAGCUUUGAUUGUUGAGAAUGGAGGGUUGAGAUCCAUUGUAGAUAUCUUGAAGAAGGGAGUGAAGGUGGAGGCUAGGCAGCAUGCAGCUGCAACAGUCUUCUAUCUCGCUUCAAUUGAGGAGUACAGAAAAUUGAUUGGUGAAACCACAGAAGCUAUCUCGGAUUUGGUAGAGAUGGUCAAAGAAGCAAACUACAGGGGGAAAAAGAAUGCUCUCGUUGCAAUCUAUGGGCUGCUGAUGCAUCCAGGAAACCAUUGGAGGGUUCUUGCAUUUGGAGCAGUUCCUUUACUUCUCGAUGUCCUGAUCUCUUCGGACAGAGACGAGGUUGUGACGGAUUCUUUAGCUGUUCUAGCAACUCUGGCUGAGAAACCUGAGGGGGCACAAGCGAUUAUUAGAUGCGGAGCUUUGCCUCAGGUUGUAAGGAUUCUGGCCUCUACCAAUCCAAGGGCCACAAUGGAGCACUGUGUCUGCCUGUUGCUUGCUCUAUCCAUCAAUGGUGGUGAAGAUGUGGUGGCUUAUCUGGUGCGUACCCCUUCUCUUAUGGGAUCAUUAUAUUCCCAACUCAGUGAAGGCACAUCUCGAGCAAGCAAGAAAGCCGGUGCUCUCAUUAGGGUUCUUCACGAAUUCUAUGAAAGAACCUCCUCCACUUCAAAGACAACAGUUCUUCCUCGGGAGCAAUUUGUUCAUGCGUGGUAAACCCAAAGCCAUUUUUAUCAUUUGGGUAUUCCACAUUUUUUCAUUCUUUUUUGUAUCAUUUCCAAGCAUCUGUCAUCUGUAUAUACACUUAAAUUGUGUAGAGGAUGAUUGCUCUCUUUGUUGUUGUUCACAUUAGCUCGGGUUUUUGAAGAGCUAACAACAUCACAUUGUCUUGGCUUCUGUAUUUUUAAAAUGAAGCUUUGUACAAAACUGCAUAUCUAUUCUGUUGUAAUUCAUUUUCCUGUGUUGUAAAUGAAAUGACUCUCAGUGUUGUAAAAGUAUAAUGUGCUACAGAUUCUCAUAUUUGAUAUACAAACAAGGCCUUCUGGUCAGCUUGAUUGGAUGUGUUCAUGCUUCGUCAGCUCGACGAUCUCAUUGAGAUGUCAAAUAUAUAAACAAGGCUUCUGAGUCAGCUUGAUUAGAUGUGGCGAUGCUUCGUCAGCUCGACAAUCUCAUUGAGAUGUUGAGUGCUUUCUCCAAUCUUGUCACCACCUUCUCCAUUGUUGGUCUGUCCUGCUUACCACCUGAGCAUGACAGGGCUAGAUUGAAUAGAAUCUCAAACGCUUCAGUAGAAUACUCCCCGUUAAGUUUUAGGAUCACCAAAUUCUGAUAUAUAUUUCCCCCGUGACGGCUGUAUAGGAGGCCUGCAAAAAGUUUGAACUGAAGAAGAUCAAGACCUGAAAGAUUUAUAUGAAGUGUAUGGAAGAAAUCCAUAUUGGCUUUUGAUGGAAAUCUAGUUUCUUCUACUUCUUUAACUUUUUAUUGAGCUGCAUAUGUAUGUUGUGAUUCAUGUUGAUCACCUUCUGUCCAGAUAGAAUUUUUUGCAUCAGCACUAUCCCAAAGCUGUAGACAACCCCCUUAGCAUUUACAUGGUGGUUCCUCUGAUACUCAGAUUCCACAUAACCAAACGUUCCCCUCACUUUUGAACUCGCAAAUGCCUGUCCCAGGUUGAUAACUUUGGAGAAUCCGAAAUCCAACAGCUUCGCUUGGAGAUUGGAAUCAAGAAGAGCAUAAAGAUAUAUACGUAAUUACUAACAUAAGUAAAAACGGACAAAGAAUUAUACAAAAGCAAAUCACACUCACUAUACUUUCAAUUUUCUUUUCUCUCUUAUUUGUUACUUUUUUCAAACAUUAUCGGUUAAUACUAUUUUCCCCGUCCAAUUUUCACCUUUUUUUAUUCUCUCUUUUAUUUUCGUCCUUUUCAUUAAACACGAAUACGAGCACGAAUAGGCACGACACGAUUCGAACCGUGCUUGGGCCUGGGCCGGGCCUAGCAAAGUUAACAAAUGGGCUUGCAUGGCACGACACGAAAACUUACGGGCCGUGCCAAGCACGACACGAAAUAAAUGGGCCCGAAGUGUGCCCAUGCCGUGCUGGCCCAAGCACGGCUCAGCGCCCAUGUACACUGGUGACCUCUCUCACGAAUGUCUUCACAUGGCCAUCAGCCCAUCACUCACUAUAUGCUUCACUGCAACGGCUUAGGGAUGGCAAUUACUCACCCAUGGGUAAUUAAUUAUACUCAAACCCAAGUAGAUCCAUUCAUAAUGGGUUGGGUAUGGGUGAAGUGCAUAUGGGUUUGGGGGGUUUGUACAGGGGUUUGGGUAAGGUAUGGUUAUUGCUUCCAUAAUCUAAAUGAGUAUAGGUUGGAUAUGGAUAUCCAUUUAUUUGAGAGUGUUUUAACUACACAUGCAAAAAUUGGACCUAUUUGUAAAACAUGAAAAGUUUAGGUACCAAAAUGUAAGACCAAAAUGUAAUUUUCCAUCGAUAUUUUGAGGACUUAUAUGCAAAAAAGUAAAUUUAGGUACUAAUAUGCAUAUCUAUUAAGUUUAGGUACCAAACUGUAAUUUGCAUUUGGGCAUGGAUGCAAACCCAAAUUCAUUUGUUAUAAACCCAAGCCAACCCA